UAACAUUGUUGGGACGUGUCUUUGCACACACAACAAAACUGCCGCUCCCGCCCAGUUACACGUCGGUCUGUCUCCUUGAGAGCUCAAGGUUCACCUUCACCAGUAUGUCAGCGGCACUCAGCUUCUCAGUCUCCCGCAGAGUGCUGGUGCGCCCCCAGUUCCUUAUGGGAGGAGUCCUGGGAGUCUCUACAUCUGGUGGACUAAAGACUUCUGGCUCUGCAGACUGAGAAGCAGUUUUUUUGUCUUGUUUCCUCAAAUGGGGAGUGACUGUGUAGAUCAAUAAUGAGGACCAGCCCUCGCAGGCCAUUAAUCCUCAAAAGACGGAAACUGAGCCUCCCACAGCAGGAUGUGUCAACUACCUCGUCCAGAGAUGAGAACAAUGGUCAGAAUGAAAAGAUUUCUAAGCAGGAGCACAGUCAGGAGUACCAACACAACAGCGAACCCAGAGACAAAAUGAACUGUGGCCUGCAGAAAUUUCCAGCAGGAAUAAAGAUAAUUGACCAUCCUACCAUGCCCAACACACAAGUGGUGUCUAUCCCUACAAAUGCUGAUAUACAGAGCAUCAUAGAGGCACUGACAGCAAAAGGGAAAGAAUGUGGCAACCAUGGUCCCAAUAAGUUCAUUCUUAUUAGCAGUGGGGGCACGUCCUGUUCAGCAGGUCGAACACCAUCGCAGCAUCUCCCAUCAGAGAAGAAACCCAGUGCAGCAACUAAAGAUGCAGACGGUCAAGAAAGAGAUAAGAAUGUUACAAAGACACGUGGUCUUGCAGGAGAAACAGUGCUCUGGCAUUCAGGAAUUGAUUCUUUGGUUGGACAGGAACAGGAGAACAACAGUGGUGGCAAGACAAUGAGCUCCGUGUUGGACAAUAGUCUCACUAACAUCCAGUGGCUGGGGAAGAUGAGAUCUGAUGGGCUAAGUCUCUGUUCUGUGAAGCAAGAUGUGGAGAAAGAGAACCAGAUGCCUCAGCAGGAAAGAAUCAAGACUGAAGAAGAUUCUGCUGCUACCACCGCCACCACCUCCCCCUCAUGGCAGGAAUCAGUAUCAGAACGACCUCCUUACUCCUACAUGGCCAUGAUCCAGUUUGCCAUCAACAGCACUGAAAAGAAGCGUAUGACUCUGAAGGACAUCUAUACCUGGAUUGAGGAUCAUUUCCCAUAUUUUAAACACGUGGCUAAGCCAGGCUGGAAGAACUCCAUUCGGCACAACUUGUCCCUCCAUGAUAUGUUUGUCCGUGAGACAUCUGCUAAUGGUAAAAUCUCAUUCUGGACUAUUCACCCUGAUGCAAACCGUUGCCUAACAUUGGACCAGGUAUUUAAGCCGCUGGACUUGGAGUCACCAACAUCGCCCGAGCACUCUGAAUCACAGCAAAAGCGACAUCUUCCUGAUCCCCAGAAGAACAUGAGAAGCAACAGCAGCAGCAAAAAUGAACCACAGAAUGCACGUCGAAAGAUGAAGCCUUUGCUUCCUCGCGUCAACUCUUACCUGGUUCCAAUCCAGUUUCCUUUGAGUCAGCCUCUUGUCUUGCAGCCUUCUAUGAAAGUUCCUCUAUCCACAGCACAGAGACCAUCCCUCAACAGCUCGGAGAUUUUCCGGAGCAAUAAGCGUGUACGCAUUGCUCCAAAGAUGUCACACUCUACAGAAGAGUCAUCCUCUUUCCCCUUGCCUGCUGUCAAAGACGAGAGUCAAUGUGAUGAAGGUUUAUUUUCCUCAACUCAUUAUCUAAAGGAGAGCAGCUCUGAGGCUGGUGAGGAAUCGGCUUCUUUCCCCGAGACUGUCUGUAUAAAGGAGGAAGAAAGCUCUCAGCUGGAUGACUGGCUGUCCCCAUUUGCCUCAACCCUAACAGUAAAGGAAGAGCCAGGCUUGUUCCUCCCAGUCUCAUCUGCAAAGGAGAAGAAACAAUUCACCAUCCUGAAGUCACCAUCUAAGGGUGUUUCUGAUACUUUAGUUAUAAAGAGGCGAGAAAGACGAGACAUGGGCAGAUCCAGAAGGAAACAACACCUAGCACUGCCUUCCUCAGAAGAGCCUGUCCUUGUUUUGCCAGAGAGCAAUGACUUUGACACUUUACAAUUAGGAGCAGAAUCCCGCUUCCUGCAGGAAAGUCAGCCUCUUGAGAAUACAUCACAGUUCAGCUGCUUACAGGGAGAAGAAGGGCCCUUUAAAACACCAGUCAAGGAGAUGUUCAGCAAUUUGCCAGUUUCAUCCACUCCCAGCAAAGCCUCAGCAACUACUACCCCUCCACUGGGAGGCCUUGACCCUUGGAAGUCUGCAUCCUUAGCCAAGGGAAGUCAAGAGCUGGACUUCAGUCCAGUGAGAACCCUUCAACUGCCAUUCACACACCUCCAGGAGAACCAGGACUUGCUGGGUUUUAACAGCACACCCCUUAAAAGUUCACUCUUUGAGUCCCCUCGGGAACUGCUCAAUACGGAAUCCAGUGACAUGGUGCAUGCCCCCCUCACGAGCUCUCCAGCUUUUAUUCAUGAGUUUACUAAGCAAUCAUCUGUCGAAUUGGCAGCCUCUGGCUUUACUGAAAACCGGUCACUCAUGGAGGGCCUGAUCUUGGACACCAUGAAUGACAGUCUCAGCAAAAUCCUUCUAGAUAUCAGCUUUCCUGGUCUUGAGGAUGAAAACUUAGGAACUGACAUUAGCUGGUCCCAACUCAUACCUGAACUGAAGUAAACUGACCUAAGAGAUUAAUUUGGCCUCUUCUGAUAUUACAGAAAGCACUCUACUCUUCUGAGAUCUGUUCAGCUCUGCUUUUAAUUAAUUCCUGUAUCCAUGGGAACAGAGGGCAUUAUUGACUCCUGCUAAGCUGGGAAACAGGCCCAUUGGCUGCUAUGAGCUCCCUUUAUAAGCUGCAAUAGGCUGUUUAUGUGGAACAACAUAGACCGUCUCUAACCUUGAGCUAACCUGGAGGGAGGUUAUGAAGAGAACAUCUAGGUAGGCUCUGAAUGGCUUUUGUUACUCAAGGCAUCAGAGGAUGCUUAGGCUUAACUAAGGCUCCUGUUAACAACAGGAAAGAGCCUGGGAACCUCCUAGCUCUGACCUUACUUCCCUUUAUUUUGUUCUCCUGUUACUCACUAUCUUCUGAGUAGUUUUAAUGGCUGUACAAAUGGCUUUUAAUGGCUGUAAAUACUGUACAUUUUUUUAUUAGCCCUUAAUUAUAAUAAUUUUAUUCUUGUAGGGUUAUGGGAAUAUUUGGGCUGGUAAAGGCUUUGACUUAGUGUUGUUCCACAUCUCCUGUAGUCUUUACCCUAGAUGAGGGCCCAAAAUACUUUAUUCUUCUUUCACUUCAGAAGCAUAUUUUUCUAGCUUAUGCCGAAGGCUGAAAAGAUCUGAUCUGAAAAAUCACCUAUAUGUGACUGAAGUCAAACUGAAACACGUUGUUAUCUGGAUUGCAGAAUAAAAUCUUGGUUUGACUUCCUUUUCUUAGGCUGGAAUGGAGAAGAGCUUGGAUCAAGCUCUAUAGCUCUUCUGGCUCCAGUGUCCUAUUACUAAUUACCUAAAGGAGUAGGUAGAGUUACUGUUGCAGUAAGAUAGACUUCUUUUGAAUGGUUAAAGUUGCCCUCAUUAAAAUCAUCAGUAGAAAAUGUAAAAAAAGAACCUAUAAAGCAAAUGCUGAUAAGUCACUGAAAAGUGACUUCUGGAAACACAAGAUACGUUUCUCUUGGUGCAAUAGGAUAACUCAUCCCAAUUCUCUAGAACUCAUGUCAAAAGAAAUUUCCACAGAAAAGACCUGAUCUUUCUGCUUACAGAGAAUUGGUGGCUUGUGUAUCUGUGUACUCAAUAAAGCUUCUCUGGGAACACAGCCAAAUAGUAUCUUUACUGCUUUCACUCUUAGCAGUGUGCUUAGGCUUGGCCAUAUCAUGAGAAGCUGAUUUUUGUUUGUCUAAUGUAUGUGUGUGUUUAGUGAUUAGGACCUUUUCAGUAUUCCUCAGGCCAAAUUUGCCGUGCCACAGUAGGUUUGGUUGCCCAGCCAUACACACACACACACACACUGCUUUAUAUAAUAUACUUUUCUUGCUGUUCAUGA